AUGGGAAACAAUGGAAGCCGGGUGACGGCCCAAGAUAAGGCCAUCCUGGACCUCAAGAUCCAGCGCGACAAGCUGCACCAAUACCAACGGCGCAUCACCGUGCUGACGAGCCGCGAGACGGAUGCCGCCCGCGCGAUGCUGGCACGCGGUGACAAGCAGCGCGCGCUGCUGGCCCUGCGGCGAAAGAAGUACCAGGAGUCGCUGCUGGCCAAGACGGACGCGCAGCUCGAACAGCUCGAGAAGCUGACGUCCAAUGUCGAGUUUGCGCUCAUCCAAAAGGACGUGGUCUUUGGCCUGCAGCAGGGCACCAAGGUGCUGCAGGAGAUUCACAAGGAGAUGGGCGGUCUUGCGCACGUGGAGAAGCUCAUGGGCGACACGGCCGACGCGAUUGCCUACCAGAAUGCAAGUGGAGGGCUGCCCAUGUUUCGCAUUGCCAUCGAAGUCAGCGAGAUGCUGGGCGGCAGCAUGUCCAAUGCCGACGAAGACGAGGUGGAAGACGAGCUGGCGGCGCUGGAGGCCGAGAUGGCGCCCACACGGCCGGCAGCCCAGGUCGUGCUUCCCAACGCACCAGACACACAGCCGGUGGUGGCACAGGACCCGAUCGUGGCUGACGAGAACGCCGGCCCAGAAGAGCCGCAGACGGAGCGGCGACAGCUGGUGCCAGCGUGA